AUGGUCUCCAUCCCGAUUGACGCGAUCACUUCGCGAUUUGGCGAUCGCUUCAACAACAUCCGCAGCACCUCCCUGACCACGCGCUUCGCCAACCUCAAGCCAGUCUCCGAAUUCCUCGACAUCAAGCGCCUGUCCAAGCCCGCCAACUUCGGUGAGGUCCAGAGUCGCGUCAACUACAACUUGUCCUACUUCUCCAGCAAUUAUGCCGUCGUCUUCGUCAUGCUCAGCAUCUACAGCUUGUUGACCAACCCUCUCCUGCUGUUUGUCAUCAUCUUCAUGACCGGAGGUUUCUACGGAAUUGGCAAGCUUGAAGGUCGCGACCUGGAUCUGGGCUUCCAGCGCUUCAACACCUCCCAGCUCUACACCGGAAUGCUCAUUGUCGGCGUUCCCCUGGGUAUCUGGGCCUCGCCCUUGUCCACUGUCCUGUGGCUGAUCGGCGCAACCGGUGUGACCGUCUUCGGCCACGCGGCCCUACUGGAUAAGCCGAUUGAGAAUGCUUUUUCCGAGGAGGCGGUCUAG